AUGGCACAUAUGGAUGUCACCUGCUUCGAUUUAAGCGAGAAGCGUCUUCCGGAAUCAACCAAACAGAACGGCCGAGCAUCGUUUGGAAGAUCUGCAACGGUGGGAAUAAGACCGGCUCGCCCCAUGUGGCUCUAUGGAGUCUCCAUCUGCUCCAGCAAGGCUUCAGCCAGGGGGUAUCGCGAGGAAAACGAGCCCAGCACAAAUUUCAUCCAACAUCUCAGGAUCAAGCUGUGUGCGCACGGCGCCGGAACCCGAUGCUUGUUCUUCGGCAGCAUGGCCGACUUGGUCCUAGUUCUCUCUCCUGAUGCUGCGGCGGAGAAAAAAAAAAAGCAGCGCGGCGUGGCGCUCUCUUGUGGCGUCGUGAUCCUUGAAGAAGAGGAUGCCCACUCAAUGGCAAGCAAGAAGCGGCCCAUAACGCCGAUGGCACCCAGCGUUUGCGUCCUUUCGGGUGGAAAUGGGUUUAUGCCGAUCGUGGAGCUUCCGGGAUGGCGGUUGCUUGAGAAGCUUCCAUGGCACCUUUUUUUAGGCUUCUGUGCCGUGUCCAAAGUGGUUCUGGCAGGUUAA